CAUAUUUUAGCAGCAGUAGGUUAUAAAUAAGUUGGUAUUUUCCUUACUUACCCUUCAUCAAACCCCUUUUUGGUGGGUGAUGGUACAGUCCAACGACGUCCUGCGCGGGAGCGGAAAGCGUGCGCCAAAGUGAGCAGAGACAGCGGGGGUUUUGCUGAAAAAUAAGACUUUUUUCCACAUAAAGUUAUCCUUCAGAUCUUAAGCAAAAAUGGCCAGAGACUGGAAACCUGGUGACCUUAUCUUUGCCAAGAUGAAGGGAUAUCCCCACUGGCCGGCAAGAAUUGAUGAAGUUCCUGACGGAGCAGUGAAGCCAUCCAACAUGAAGUUUCCCAUAUUUUUCUUCGGGACUCAUGAAACGGCGUUCCUUGGUCCAAAAGAUAUUUUUCCAUACCUGCCAAACAAAGAGAAGUAUGCCAAACCCAACAAGAGAAAAGGCUUCAAUGAAGGAUUGUGGGAGAUUGAAAAUAACCCCAAAGCUGAACUCACUGCUCCCAAGCCGGUUCCUCCUAAAACUUUGACUGAAAAAGAAUCUGGCAGCAGCACAGAAGCAGAAGAAGAUGAGAACAAAGAGACCAAAUCUAAAGUCCCAGGGAGUGACGCUGAGCAGGAGAGUGAGAAAGUGGAGGAGGAGGAUGGUUCUGUGGUGUCAGAGCAGGGUCCUCUGAGUAAGGAUGGCUUCAAAAAUGUGGACAUGAACUUUGAGGGUGGUUCCCAGAAAGAUUCUAAAACUAAGAGAGGACGAAAGAAAAAGAAUGAUGAAAUAGAAAAUGAAAAGGAUGACGCGCCUGCCAGUCCAGUUAGUUCUGCAGGUGGAGAUAAUCAAAAACUUAGAGGAAGAAAGCCCAAGAAUGACAAGCAGCUUCCCCUUCAGGAGAGUCAUGGAUCAGGGAAUGAAAUGGAGACAGAUUCAGACCGAAAGAGGAAGAGGACGACAGAAUCCAAAGGUGCAGAGGACGAGAAGAGGAAGAGGAAGGAUGAAGGUAAAAAGACGGAGGCAGAGUCCAAGGAGCCCGACCCCAAGAAGAGGAAGAAGUCCAAAGAUGGCCUCUCGUCUGCCUCUGAAGAUGAAGAGAAAAACCAAGGCAAAAAGAAGAACGCAGAAAUAGAAAAAGACGUGAAAAGAAGGAAAGGGGAGGAAGUAAAAAACAAAGAUGAUGGCAAGAAAGAAGAAAAGGCUGGAGCAAAGAAGAAGGAAUUGUCCACUGACUCAAAACUCCACAAACUGCACAGUGAAAUUAAGAUUUCCUUGAAAAUAGACAACCCAGACAUGAAAAAGUGCAUGGAUGCUUUGGAUGAGCUCAGUGCCCUCCAGGUGACCACCCAGCACCUCCAGAAACACUGUGAACUCAUUGCAACACUUAAAAAGAUCAGACGAUUCAAAGCCAGCCAAGACAUCAUGGACAAGGCGACCAUGUUGUAUAAUAAAUUUAAGAGCAUGUUUCUAGUUGGAGAAGGAGACAGUGCUCUGAACCAAGUGCUCAAUAAGUCUAUAGCUGAACAGAGACAACAUGAAGAGGCAAAGAAAGGAGCACUGAAGAAAGCAGAGCAAGGCAAAGAAAACACUGACAAGACUGUGAACAGUGAAAUGAGCCUGGAAGAGAAGAAGGAAGCCAUAAAGGAGACAAAUGAGGAGGUCCCAGCAGCAGAGCUCAAUAGUGCCUUAAAGACACAAGAGGAAUCCUCCUGAGCGCCACAACAGCCCACGUCUAGGCUCCUUGAACCAUCUGCCCAUGUGCGGCUCAAAGCUUCAGUAGAUCCACGUCACUCUGACGUUUGUUAUAAAGUGAGAAAAAUACUCACUUCAGACUUCGGUUACCGUUACCACCAUUAAUAAAUGUCCAUUCCAUUCAGAACUGAAAACCAGUAAAAAACAUUUGUUGCCAAAGGUUUAACCAUGUGUGAUUUUUAAGUAUCAUUUUUACCCAUUUGCUGUAAAUAAGAGUAUUUUUGUGUCCAACCUGUUUAAACCUCCAUGAAUAAAGUGGUCUUAUUAUA